AUGUCUUUCCGUCGUCUUCAGAUUGACGAGGAAGAUGCUGCUGCAUCUUGGGAUGCAGUCGAAAUGUUAGCAAGUCAGAACAUGCAGCCGUCAGACAUGCCAUCUGACCUUCAGACAAACAAUUUGUUUAUAAAUCUGGAGUUAGAGGAUCCUCAUUUCUCUGAUAUUCAAUACCCUUAUCCUUCACGGGACAACUUUGUAAACGAAGAACUGGUGAGGGCAGCUCAGCGAGAAGAACUCCGAGAGUUGAGCCAGCCCAACCCGACAGAUUCGUCAGGAGUGAACCAGAUCAACACGAUUUUCAGUCCACACCAAAGCGAACAAUCCGGUCCUAUCUACUGGCCGGAAUGGAUGACUGCAUCUCCUUCAGUUUCAGAAUUUGUCUCCCAUGAAUCACCUGCUCAGCCAGUUUCCUUCGCGGGCAUCCGCAGCGGCAGCGGUAUUGGAACGCAGCCUUGUUCUUUUGCCCAGAUCAACUCUCUGCGAUCAACUUCGAUACAGCACACUUACAUUUGGUCCAAGCUCGGCCAUUCUUACCCGACAUCCCUUAAUGGGCCUGGAUAUCGCGAAGAAUUUGGACCGGCUCGAGACCAAUUGCACAGCUCGGUACUUCAUAGCAGAAUACGACUUUCGAGUGCCGUCGAAAAAGAGUCUACCUUUCAAUUCUUCCCAGAUCAAGCUGACCAGAAUCAUUCCCCGCUUCUAUUCCCAUCACGAAUUGCUUUGUUGAACCUGGGUUGCGGAGACACAUCCGUUGCUUGUGAAAACAAGGAGCCAUUCCACGUCUUCCAGGAUGAUCAGCAGAUCUCACUAAACUACAGCACAAAUCCACAGCAAGACUCCGGCGGAGAUUGUCAAGUCCCAUUUGAACUGACAAGCUGGGACGGGAGUGACGUGCAGUUCGCGGAGCUGUGCAAUUUGGGGGCCUGGAGUGUUUGGAAUGGCGGUUUUGGGUGUUUCAACACGGACUGGAUGCUCCAAAACAUGAACGACCGCCGCACAUGUACGGAACACAUGGAUUGCGAGCUGUCAGACGACGCCGCCCUCCCACUGAUUCCGGUGCACGGUCCCAACGAAUCCGAGGUGAGCAUGACCCCGGGUGACACUUGUCCAGUUGCGGCUUCUGACCAAUGA